AUGGUUUUGAAGGGCGGAAUCAGAAGCGAGCAAUACUCAUGGACGGAGGAGUGGUAUGAAAAUAUGCCCAUCGAUCAUUUUGCUUUUGCUGACAAUCGUACUUUUAAGCUCAGGUAUUUGAUUAAUCUGGAUUUUUUCACCGAGCACGGGCCAAUAUUAUUUUACACUGGAAAUGAAGGGAACAUUGAAGGAUUUGCAGCAAAUACGGGUUUUAUGUGGGAUCUGGCUCCUGAGCUUUCUGCAGCUGUUGUUUUUGCUGAACAUAGGUAUUACGGUAAAACUCAACCAUUUGGAAACAAAAGUUAUUCUAGUGCUAGCAAUCUGGGUUACCUUUCUUCUGAACAGGCGUUGGCAGAUUUUGCUCUUCUUAUCAAAUUUUUGAAACAAGAAAGAUUGGUCGGGGCUUCGAAAUCAGCUGUCAUAGCGUUUGGUGGCUCUUAUGGUGGUAUGUUAGCCGCAUGGUUACGGAUUAAAUACCCUCACGUGGUUGAUGGGUCAUUAGCAGCUAGUGCGCCUGUUUUUUGGUUCUUAAACACUUCUGUGCCAGAGGACAUAUACGACCAUAUAGUUUCUAGAUCUUUCCAAGUAUUCGGUUGCGUUCCGAGCCAUAUAAUCCACUCAUGGAGUGCACUGAGGAACUUAGCAAAAGAUGAAAGUGGCAGAAAGUAUAUCAAUAAUUUGUUCCACUUGGACCCAAAGUCUCUGCUUAAUGAUGAAAAUGACGUCAAUUUCUUGACCAACUUUAUAAGAGAAGCUUUUGAGUCGAUGGCUAUGGUCAAUUACCCAUAUCCGACCGAAUUCCUAGCUCCUCUUCCGGGAUGGCCAGUUAAGGUCGCUUGCCAGUUUUUUAAUUCUUCCGAACAACGGUCGGAUAAGCAGCUGUCCGAAGAUUUAUAUGGAUUUAUCAAUUUGUAUUACAAUUACACCGGGACCAAAGCGACUUUGUGUGCCAAUCCGAGAAAUUGCGAAGAUUCUGCUUAUUCUGCUUUAGGAGAUCCACUUGGUUGGCCUUGGCAGACGUGUACAGAGAUGGUUAUGCAAAUGUGUGCAAGUGGACCACCAAAUGACUUCUUCUGGAAGGAUUGUCCGUUCACCACUAAAGGUGCUAUCGAAACUUGUAACGAGAUAUUUGGUAAAAUUGGAUACUCUAGUUCCUUACAUCGACCAGAUUGGGUAAUUUUGAAUUACGGUAACAGAUAUCCUACAGCUUCCAAUAUAGUGUUCAGCAAUGGUUUCUUGGACCCAUGGUCUGGAGGAGGCUGGUCUUUGAAACCAAAAAUUACUGGAUCAGUUGUCAGCAUCAUUAUCAAAGACGGUGCUCAUCAUUAUGACCUGCGAGGUUCUCAUCCAGAAGAUACCAACGCAGUUAGAGAAGCGCGUAGUUUAGAGAAGGUAUACAUUAAGAAGUGGAUAAAACAAACUCGCUCAAAAUUUAGGAAGCUUCGGAAAUUGAGAAUCACUCGAAAGUAUUUCUAUUACGAGAGUAGUUUUCGAGAAGACAAGCCAGAAAAGUUUGAUCAACCGUUGUUCCUCUACAUUGGUGGUCAAGAAAACAUUAAAUCUUACUUAAAACAAAGGGGAUUUGUCUUUGAAAUGGCAAAAUAUUUUUCUGGGACUGCAGUUUUCCUACAGCAUCGGAACUAUGUAGAACAGCCUCAGCCUUCUCAGAAUGAGACCACCGAGGAGAGUCCUGAUCUUCGAUAUUUAAAAAUAACACAGGUGCUUGGUGAUAUUGCUGAAUUUUUAAAAGUCUAUAAAACAAAAUAUCUGUUGUCAGAAACGGCUCCAGUUAUAGCUGUUGGUGACUUUUAUGGUGGAGCAUUGGCGGCAUUUAUGAGGAUGAAAUAUCCCCAUAUUGUUCGUGGCGCCUUGGCAUCAUCUGUUCCGCUGAUGUACUUCGCUGGAGGAAACGUAACUAAGGAUGCAUUUUCAAAACGUGUAACAGAAAUUUAUAAAAAUUAUAAUUGUUCGUCUAAAGCUGUAAGUGAAGGAUUUAAAUGGGUGGAUAUUCUUUCUGAAGAAGGUAACUUUACAAAGUUGAAUGAAGUGUUUCAUCUGCGCACCAACUUUACUUUGAUUAACAAAACAGACAAGCAGUAUUUGGUUAAGUUUAUUCGGGAAGCUCUAGAACAAAUGGCAGUUCUCAAUUACCCGUACAAAACAGAAAAUAAUACAGCUUUUCCUGUCCAAAAAGCGUGCGAGCAUUUGGUUUUCAACUCUGCUAAUCCGGACAAAAUUUUAAGAAACCUUUAUAGUGCCAUUGCUAUUUAUUAUGGCGAAACGACUGACCACUGUAUAAAGCCGGAAUGCGGUGAUAAUAUUGCUUCUAAAUUACCGCGCUCAACGGCAUUAACUUGGCAGCAAUGCACAGAGUGGAUUAUACAAAAAUGUGCGCUGGGUGAUGUGGAUGACUUUAUUCCAAGUGAAUGUAAUGAAUGUGGCCUGUUGAACUCGGCAGAAAAAACAUGUGAGGAGAGCUUGGAGAGUAAAAACUAUACUCGUGACAUGUACAAUGUUAAGGCUAUUGCAGACCAGUUUGGUUUCGACUACUCAUCAUACAGCAACAUUAUUUUCACCAAUGGUGCCUUAGAUCCAUGGGCAACUGGUGGUGUAACAAAUUCAUCCCUUGGUGAAGAUCCUUGGAUGAGAGGCCUUUAUUCGUUUUUAAUACCAAAUAGUGCUCAUGCUAUGGAUCUACGACAACCGAUGACAUGUGACCCGCCAGCUCUUAAGUCUGUUCGAGAAAAGAUCAUUAAAAUCAUCAUUCCAAGAAUGAUUAAUGGAACAGGAUUUCAAAAAAUUGAAAUAUCAGAAUCUGAAGCUUGGAACGUUAGCAACUGUAAUGUUGAUAAACAUCCCUGGAAAGAUACUCCAUUGGUAACUGAAAAUAUAAGCACAACUAUUGCUGAAGAGGAUACGACGUCAGGUUCAGUUUCAACAUUUUCAAAAACAUCCACACAGACCUCAGAGGUUACCAAGUCUAGUUGCAACAAGGAAAAAACGAUUUUAUAUGCAAUGGCUAUUUUGUUACCAAUUAUAUAUAGUUGCUACUAAUU